CAUCUCGGCAGAAACAUGAUUUCUACGUAGUUCCGCAGACAGUAAACAACCAGCGCAGUCCCCUCCACACACGGCCAGUAUCUGACACCGAGAGGAGCACCGCGGGUCCGGCGCUGCUCCCGUCAGCGGAACCAACCCCUCAGCGGCUCGUAGACGGACAUGAGCCGAGACUGAAUGAGGAGAUAGCGAGCUCCGCUCCGCUCACCUUGCCGGCGCUGCGAUGGCGAUGGAGAACACGGAGGAGCUCUCGCCCCUGCGGAUCACCGCCACGGUGCGGGCGCUCAGCUCCGCGCUGCGGGGGAAGCGGGAACACGUCCACGGCUCCGGCCGUGGCAAAGGCGACAGGACGUUCCCCGAACCGGAGAAGCUCUGGUUCAAGGAGAGCAGCGCGAAGAACCUGCGGAACAGGGACUUCUUGUCGCCGAGCACCAUGCUGAACACGCUGUAUGCGGACGGACAGGUUCCGCCGGCGGUGAUGUCCCGGGUCCUGUCGCUCCGGGGCAGCGGGGUCCUUCCUGUGGCGGGCGGGGAGGUGAUGGGCGAGGGCUUGAGGCUGCGAGUGGACCGGGUCGCAGCUUUCAGGGCCGUCCUGGCAGGUGGAAUCACCGAGUAUCUAAAGCCCUCCGGUCAGCGGGAGGGCUGCGUCGUGCUCAACUGCCCGGCACUGCACCCUAAACCCAACCCACCCGCUCCUGACACGCUGAGCCUGGGCCAGCUGAGGACGGUUCUGCUGGCCGACCACAUGGGGGCGAUGUUGAGGAGACAAGGAUUUGAAGUGUCCUUCUGCCCAACUCUCCCCGAGGACAGCGACGUCGCCGCCUUCCUCCGAGCUCUGGGCAUCGAUUGGCCGACGGCUCGAGCUAACUGGACGAACGACGAGCGGGAGGAGAGGAUCCAGAAGGUGCUAGAGAGCUCUCCCUACAGAGAGAGGGGAACGGGGAGCGGCCGGAGGAGCAGCGGGGGAGGAGGUCGGAAGGCUGUGGAGGAGGAGAACGAAGGAGGGCUCAGGAUUAAUUUGAAACAGGUGUUCCAGGAAGAGGGCAUGCUGGGGUACGACCCCACCCUCGGCACCUGCAAAGUUCACAGAGACAGUGUUUCCCACCUGGCCCAGCUGGACCUGUCCACGGCCGACAUCACGGGAACCAUGGUGACAGUGCUACAUGUGACUUCCUGUCAGGACGAGUUUCGCCAGCAGCAGAUAGCGGUGCUGUGGAGGGCCAGCGGAGCGGCACACAGUCAGAGACAUCUUGUGUGUGGACCUGUGAAGACCCCCGGUUCUCACCUCACCGCCGCACAGUACCUGCAGCUGAGAAAAGGUCAGAUGAAGGAGGCCUCUGAGAUGAAGUACGGAGAUAAAGUAGAAGGUCAGACCUGGGAUGACAUCAUCAAAGUCAUGACCUCUGCCACGAUCAGAUUUGAGCUACUAUCAACCGUUCACACAAGUCCUGUGACACUGGACGUCCAGAGGGAAGGGGGCGUGUCAACCAAAGGGCCAAGAGGAGGCGUGUUUGUCAUGUACAACUGUGCCAGGCUGCACACUCUGUUCGACAGCUACGAGAGAGGAGUGGAGAAGGGUCUGUACCCAGAAAUCCCCGAUGGCUCCCAGCUCGACUUUUCUGCUCUCAAAGAAGAGGGAGAGUGGCUUUUGCUCUUCAAUUACCUCAUCCCUUUCUCGGAGCUGCUCGACCAAUCAGGACAGGCGCUGGAUUGUGAAGGAGGAGGAGCCAGAGUGAACAUUAAAACCGAACAGAUCUGUAAAUUUCUCGUCUCGCUCAGUAAAGACUUCAGUUCGUACUACAACAGAGUCCAUGUGCUCGGGGAGCCGUUGCCUCACCUCUUCAACCAGAUGUUUUGUCGUCUCCAUCUGCUAAGAGCCCUGAGGGAGCUCUACCACAGCGCUCUGGAGACCCUGAACCUCCCCCCCAUCAGGCAGCUAUAGCCUCGACACGACCCCCCCCCCCUCAUCCUUCACAGUUAGCUUCAGCCACACCACUCUUUUCCUGAACCCUCGCCUCCUGUGCGUCGUGUAUCCAGCUGAGACACAGUGUUCCAUAUAAUUGUACGGUUUCACCUGCUUCUGCAGCUGCCCGUCAGUGUUAGCGGACGUUCUGAAGCCGGAUAUGUGAUAGAUGUCCCUGUAAGAUAGUGGUUCAGUUAAAGAGCUGUUUUUUGAAGGAAUAAUUUGGGAUUUUGACUUGGAUAAUGAGCGUGGAUAUCAGAAGCUACGUGCGAGUCGACCGAGACGGUCCGCCUCUUGCUAACGUCUCACGCGCUUGUCUUACAUUUCGUCUCGAUGAGAAGCCGAUCAAUCCAAAACGUCAAAGUAUUCCUCUACUUCUUUACGUCAGCACACCUAGGACCAGAACAUUAGCACCAGAACGGACCAAUCUGCCAUGUUUCAAUAAGUGUUUGUCUUGAUAUUCAUUCUUGCUCCUGUAACAGCCCCACUGACUGAUACGUGCGCCGACUCGAUAACACGCUGAACCAAAUAGCUCUACUUUAAGACGUGUGCCAAAAAAACAUAGUAAGAUGAAUCUCCCAACCAGCGCGUAGGAAGGUUGAACGCUCUAAAAAACCUGCCUUAAUGUCUCUACAGAUGCUUUUUGACCAAUGUUAGCUCGGAUCAGAUAGGUUUUGUGUGUCUUGGGGUACAUUUGAUCCAAUUAGAACCUGAAAGGUUGACGUUUGUUUUCACGCGUUUCUCAUUUGCCGUAUACUAAAAGGGAGAAUCCGACUAAACAGCCUAACUUUGGUCCAAACCAACCUAACCUCCUGCUCACCAGUCAUCAGCUGUACAGUUGUCAUUUUUGGCAGAGUAAACCUGUUUUAUUUAACGUCUUGUUUCGCCUCAUGUCUGAAGUUUAAGCUGCUUUCGUGAAGCCAAUGAAACGGAUCGUUAAUAGCGCAGCUAUAAAGACAUGCCAAGGCAGACUUAAACCUGCCUUCGAACAAACUGAUUUUAAAUUCAGGAUCACGCGGUAUAAAUGGAGCACUCUGCAUUUACGCAGUGCAUGUAUUAGCACCACUGGAUCAAAAAGCGUUUAAAUUAUGUAAUCUUUUACAGAACUAAUGCAUGCUCACACUGAAAAGGAUUACUGAAUUACGAGGAGGAGUCCUGUCAUCGUUGAGUUCCAGCAUCCACGGUUAUAAUGUGAAGCGGGGGGGGGGGGGGUUCGUUUCUUUUUGCCUCUCUUCAAAAUGGUAGAUUGAUUGUCAUGUGAGAAAAAUAUUUGCCCAUAUAUACAGUCGGAGCAGAAAUGAAAAGGGUUAAAACAACUGGAAAUAAAACAAAUAAGCCUGGACCGGGACCAAGUUUAGCUUAUCGUCAAAAGAGAGUCAGGGGGAUGAAAGGGAUGGUAGAAAAAAACUCCCAGAUUUGUAGAGACAGAUAUGUCCCUCUCAAUCUAAAAUAAAUAUUAAAAGAUUACCUUCUUAAUGCUAUAGCCAAUAAGUAGGGAUAGGUGCUACCCAUGUGUUUCGUUUGAAUUCAAUCAAACUGGGUUUACCUCUGCACAAGAAAGUUGUAGCCAAAUUAGGAAAACCUGUGUCAUUGUUGAACAUUAAUUAAACUUGCAAACAAGAAGAAUGAAAAUGCAAAAUAGAGGAAGGAGUUGACGACAGUCUAUUUGCUGACUUUCAAAGAGGUCGUUGGAAAAGCUAAGUGAAGCAAACGUCUCUAAACGAACUAGCUCUACGGUACCGAACCCUUUUUUCUGUUGCUCAAUAAAUCCCAUUCAUGUCCCGCCUCUUUAAAUCAACUCCACUUCCCUGUGUGUAGCCAAGGUUUAUUGAUCCCAGUUCAUUCAUGUUUACCACUGUGUAUUUAUGAAUUUCCACAGAAAUAUUUAUUGUUGGUUUGAAAAAAAAAAAAAGAUAUCUGUACAUUGUGUAUGUUAUGCGCACAAGUCUUAACCUGGGUGUGAUCAUAAAGUUACCAAGUAAACCCUUAAUCCCUCUGGACAAGUCACAGCUGUUGGUGUUACACUGUAGAGUAAGUUAUUGACAAAAAUACCUAGCAGAUAUUAGGGUUGUUGUGCCACAAAGUUAGAAAAUAUAUGAAAUAGCAUGAAAUUUAUACAUAAAAAAAAGUGUUAUUUAUAGAAAUGUGAGGGGAAGACGUAAUGGCAUUUCCAUAAAUGUCCCACAACUCAUUUUUAUCAGUCUUCUGGAUGAUUUUAUACAUUAAAUGUAUAUUUCAACAUGGAACAAAACUGGUGAAUUGUAAACAAAUAUAAAACAUAAAAAAAAAUAACAUUUCAAAGCUGGAUUUUUUGUUUGUUUGUUUGACACCUGCAUAUGUGUGGAACAGUGAAGAGAAAGAUGUUGUUUGCCACUGUAAUUGUAACAGUAUUAAAGCAGAGGAUAUGCAUAAAUAAA